AUGGCAGUCUUGGACGAGCAAAUCGUCGUGACUCAGGCAAUGCAGUUCUCUCCCUUCAACAAGCCCUUCAAAGAGGAUAUUGACGAGUGGAAUGACAAGCUGAUGUAUGUCUCUGAGUGCUUGGACCAGUGGCUCAAAGUGCAGCGUGCAUGGAUGUACUUGCAGCCGAUCUUUGAUUCGCCUGACAUCAUGAAGCAGCUCCCCACGGAGGGCAAGAAGUUCAAGGUUGUCGAUGGCAAAUGGCGGCAAACAAUGAGCCGAGUCCAUAGCAAUGGCCAUGCGCUUACGCAGUGCACACAGGAGGGGCUGCUGACGCAGUGGCAGACAGUGAACAGGGACUUGGACAUUGUCCAGAAGGGCUUGGAUGAUUACCUCGCCACAAAGUGUGCGGCCUUCGCGCGCUUCUACUUCUUGUCCAACGAUGAGUUGCUCGAGAUCCUCUCCCAGACGAAGGACCCGCUGAGGGUGCAACCCUUCCUCUCGAAGGUUUUUGAGGCAAUGAAGAAGCUGACGUUCACCGACCAGCUCGUCGCUACUCAAAUGCAUUCCAAGGAGGGAGAAAUCAUCGACUUUGUGAAUCCUGUGGUGACGAAGGACAAGAAUGUGGAGACCUGGAUGACAGAAGUUGAGAAUGAGAUGAUUGCCGGUGUGCGAAACGUGUGUCGCAUUGGAGUCGAGUCCUAUCCAGAGAUGCCACGAACAGAAUGGGUCUUGAAAAAUCCAGGUCAGGUAUGCCUGAACUCCAGCCAAGUGCACUGGACAGCAGAGGUCGAAGAAGCUAUCAAAGGUGGGACCGUCGCUGAGUACUUCACGCGGCUUAGCGAGCAGCUGCUUGACCUGGUCCGGUUGGUGCGCGGCGACAUCACGAAGAUGAGCAUCGGUGCGCUGGUGGUCAUUGACGUGCAUGCGAAGGACACCGUGGAAAAGCUGGCCAAGGAGAAGAUAGACGAUUGUAUGUCUUUCGAGUGGAUUUCGCAGCUACGAUACUACUGGGAGAUGGACGAUCGUAAUUCUGAGACUUGGCAGGUUCGCAUGGUGCAGACGCCCUUUCCCUAUGGCUACGAGUACUUGGGAAAUUCCUUCCGGCUGGUGAUCACCCCACUCACCGACAUGUGCUACAUGACCUUGAUGGGUGCGCAGAGCCUGAACCUGGGAGGUGCGCCUGCCGGGCCUGCUGGAACUGGCAAAACGGAAACAACCAAAGAUCUUGCCAAAGCAUUGGCCAAACAGUGCGUUGUCUUCAACUGCUCGCCAGAAAUGGACUAUCUAAUGGUGGGCAAGUUCUUCAAGGGCUUGGCAUCCAGUGGGGCCUGGUGCUGCUUCGACGAGUUCAACCGCAUCUACAUCGAGGUCUUGAGUGUCAUCGCACAACAGCUGCUUCAGCUUUUCAGCGCCAAGCGGGAGCUUACCUCCUACAACGACUCAGUCGAGCUGGAGUUUGACUCCACCUUGAUAAUGAUGCGGCCCACCUUUAAUGUGUUCAUCACUAUGAAUCCAGGAUAUGCCGGGCGAAGCGAGCUUCCAGACAACUUGGCGGCAUUGUUCCGGCCAAUGGCUAUGAUGGUCCCAGACUACGCCAUGAUCGGUGAGAUCAGUUUCUACGCUUUUGGCUUCGAAAAGGGGAGACAUCUGGCUAAGAAGAUGGUGACGACCUUCCAGCUUUGCAGCGAACAGCUCUCUGCUCAAAGCCAUUAUGACUAUGGCAUGCGAGCUGUCAAAACUGUGAUUGAAGCCGCUGGCCUCAACAAGCGUAAGUAUCCGGACCAGAGUGAGGGACAAAUCCUCCUGCGAGCCCUACAAGAUGUCAAUGUGCCGAAGUUUUUGAAGGAUGACCUGCCCUUGUUCUACAACAUCAUCUCGGAUCUUUUCCCUGGUGUAGAGAAGCCUGCAAUUGACUACGGGAAAUUGGACGAGAUGGCCAAGGAGAAGUCAAAGCUUACCAAUCUGCAGCUCAGAGGCAUUGCUGAUUUUCUGCCGGCCGGAAGACGCGAAUCUAUGUCGGCAAGUCUAGUCAAGCAGCCCACGGAUUACUUCAUCAAAAAGCAGUUCGAGCUCUUUGAUAUGAUCCAGGUCCGUCACGGCAUGAUGCUUGUUGGGCCCACCGGUGGUGGCAAGACGUGCUGCUAUCGCACGCUGCAGGCCGCUUGCACAGCUUUGGUUGAUCCGAAGGAUCCAGAGUCACCUUUCCAGAAGACGCACGUGCACGUACUCAACCCCAAGGCAAUCACACAGAACCAGCUCUAUGGGGCGUUUGAUGAGGUCACACGAGAAUGGUCCGAUGGGGUUGCAGCUGAGCUCAUCCGCAAUGCAACCCGCGACAACCAUAACCCGGAUCACCACUGGGUCAUGUUUGAUGGGCCCGUGGAUGCAUUGUGGAUCGAGAGCAUGAACACGGUGCUGGAUGACAACAAGAAGCUUUGCCUCGUGAGCGGCGAAAUUAUAGCCUUGACUGCCAAGAUGCGGAUGCAGUUUGAGGUAGAGGAUCUGGAAGUUGCAUCGUGUGUGCCCUUGUCAACGCUGGGUAGUGCACAUGAGCUCUUGAAUCUUGAGUCCACCAUGUGGAAGGUGACAGGCAGCACCGUUUGCCAUGACUAUGUCAGCAAGGCCCAGACCUUGCGUCGCUUGCUUGAAGAAGUCGUCACAACGACAGACAACAACUCCAUCCAGGCGCUCUUCAGGCUGAUGGACUGCUACUUCAUCAACUUCCAGCCAACCGAAUUGAAGCCCGCAGCCUCUUUCAAAGUGCCAAACCUGGUGCCCCUUUUCUUCUUCUGCCUGAUCUGGUCCAUUGGAGCGACCUGUGAUGCCAAAAGCCGCAACGGCUUCAGUGAUUUGGUCUGGGCAACCGUGAAUGCAGACUUGCGGCCACCAGUCGUUGAAGAUUUGGGGAAAGCCUUCCUGACUGCUCCAGAGCUUCAACCUGACGUGGAGUUUCCUGGAAUCGAGCCGGGAGACAUGCUUUACGACUACUUCUAUGAUCAGGAGAAGAAGCAGUUUGUGCCAUGGAUGACCACGAUCCCAAAGUUUGAGGUCCCUCGAGGUGCCAAGUACGAGGAGAUUGUGGUGCCUUCUGUCGACUCGGUACGUUUGGUCUACAUCUUCCAGCUUUUGGUGCUCAACGACAAGCAUGUGCUCUGCCCUGGGCCUACUGGUACGGGAAAGAGUGUCAACAUUUCGCUGUGGCUGCAGAAGCAGGCGCCGGAGAACUACCAGGGUGUGUUCAUCAACUUUUCAGCGCAAACACAUGUCAACCAGCUACAAGACUUGAUCGACUCCAAGCUCGAAAAGCGGCGGCGAGGCGUUUACGGCCCACCUGCGGGCAAGAAAAUGGUUUGA